AUGGCUCUUGAAAAAAUAAGAGGAAGAGCCGAUGAUUCAUUUGUAAAGCUGCCGUCUUAUUUAUAUCUCCUACAAAUUGCAAAUUCAGGAUCAUUUGUGAGAUUACAAACUACAGAAGACAACAGCUUUCUCUAUGUGUUCAUUGCUUUAGAUGCUUCAAUAAAAGGCUGGACUUCGUGUAUGCCUUUGGUAGCAGUUGAUGGCACAUUUCUAAAGUCAGCUUAUGGUGGAACACUGCUCUCAGCAAGUACACAAGAUGGAAACGGAAAAAUUUUGCCCUUAGCGUUUUCAGUGGCAGAUUCUGAAAAUAAUGAAUCAUGGGAAUGGUUUAUUCAAAAUUUAAGAGAGGCAUUUGGAUUGAGAGAGGGAAUGUGUAUUAUUUUGGAUCGGCAUGAGAGCAUAAAAAAUGCAAUUGAAAAGGUAUAUCCUGAAGUUAGCCAUGGAAUAUGCACCUUUCAUUUGUACAACAACCUCAAAACAAAUUUCAGGAAGAAAUCAAAAGAUUUCAUAAAAACAUUUUUCAAAGCAGCAAGGGCAUACACUAAAGAUAAAUUUGAUUUUUACAUGGCUGAAAUUGACGAUAUGGAUGCGCGUAUAAGGCCGUAUCUAGAAAAAGUGGGGUAUGCAAAAUGGGCGAGGGCACAUAUUACAAACAAUAGACAUUUGAUGAUGACAACAAAUGUGGCAGAAUCUUUGAAUGCAAAAAUUAGAGGUGUAAGGGAACUACCAAUAACACCUUUGUUAGAGUACCUACGAGCAUUGGUUCAAGAAUGGACAUAUACAAAUAGGUUCUCAGCCAUGUCAACCUUCACAAGCGUUUCAAAAAGAGCUGAAAACAUGCUACAUGAAAACUACAUUGAUUCGCUGAAAAUGAAGAUUCGAAGAGGAGAAUUUUCUUUUGCACAUUUUUUUGCGGAGUUUACGGACACAACAGGAAAACGUGCAAAAAUGCCCCAAAAAAAUUGA